GAAAUCUUUCCUGGCAAGAUGGCCGACUUGGAGGCUGUGCUCGCUGAUGUGAGCUACUUGAUGGCUAUGGAGAAAAGUAAAUCUACUCCAGCCGCCAGAGCCAGCAAAAAGAUCGUGCUACCUGAGCCGAGCAUCCGCAGUGUUAUGCAGAAAUACUUAGAAGACCGGGGUGAGGUGACCUUUGACAAGAUAUUUUCUCAGAAGAUUGGCUACUUGCUAUUCCGAGACUUUUGCCUGAAUCAGAUGGAGGAGGCCAAGCCACUGGUGGAGUUCUAUGAAGAGAUCAAGAAGUAUGAAAAGUUGGAUUCUGAGGAGGAGCGUGCAAUUAAGAGCCGCCAGAUCUUUGACACAUAUAUCAUGAAGGAGCUGCUGUCGUGCUCUCAUCCGUUCUCUAAGACUGCCACGGAGUAUGUGCAGAGCCGCCUCACCAAGAAGCAAGUACCACCUGAUCUCUUCCAGCCAUACAUUGAAGAGAUCUGUCAAUGUCUGCGUGGGGAUAUUUUCCAGAAAUAUUUUGAGAGUGACAAGUUCACACGGUUCUGCCAGUGGAAGAAUGUAGAGCUGAACAUCCAUCUGACCAUGAAUGACUUCAGCGUCCACCGUAUCAUCGGGCGUGGUGGCUUUGGCGAGGUCUAUGGCUGCCGGAAAGCGGACACAGGCAAAAUGUAUGCUAUGAAGUGUCUGGAUAAGAAAAGAAUUAAGAUGAAACAGGGGGAGACACUGGCCUUGAAUGAGCGUAUCAUGCUGUCGCUUGUCAGCACUGGGGAUUGUCCCUUCAUCGUGUGCAUGUCAUAUGCCUUCCAAACACCUGACAAGCUCAGCUUCAUCCUGGACCUCAUGAAUGGGGGCGAUCUGCAUUACCACCUGUCACAGCACGGGGUUUUCUCCGAGACUGAGAUGCGUUUCUAUGCAGCAGAGAUCAUUCUAGGGCUAGAACACAUGCACAACCGCUUUGUGGUGUAUCGUGACCUCAAGCCAGCCAAUAUCUUGCUGGAUGAGUUUGGCCAUGUCCGUAUCUCAGACCUGGGUCUUGCCUGUGAUUUCUCCAAGAAGAAACCUCAUGCCAGUGUGGGCACACAUGGGUACAUGGCACCAGAGGUUCUUCAGAAAGGCGUGGCCUAUGAUAGCAGUGCUGACUGGUUCUCUCUAGGCUGCAUGCUCUUCAAACUACUGAGGGGGCACAGUCCUUUUCGGCAGCACAAGACUAAAGACAAACAUGAAAUUGACCGCAUGACGCUUACGAUGGCUGUGGAGCUGCCAGACACCUUUUCACCUGAGCUACGCUCACUGUUGGAGGGGCUACUUCAGAGAGAUGUCAAUCGUCGCCUGGGUUGUAUGGGCCAUGGAGCAACUGAGGUGAAAGAGAACCCUUUCUUCCAGGGUCUUGAUUGGCAGAUGGUUUUUCUCCAGAAGUACCCACCACCCUUAAUCCCACCACGUGGAGAAGUGAAUGCAGCUGAUGCUUUUGACAUUGGUUCCUUUGAUGAAGAGGACACAAAAGGAAUCAAGCUACUGGAUAGUGACCAGGAGCUCUAUCGUAACUUCCCCCUCACUAUUUCGGAGCGCUGGCAACAAGAGGUGACAGAAACCGUUUUUGACACAGUCAAUGCAGAGACUGACAAGCUGGAGGCCCGCAAAAGAGCAAAGAACAAGCAGCUGGGCCAUGAGGAAGAUUAUGCCCUAGGCAAAGACUGCAUCAUGCAUGGCUACAUGUCAAAACUGGGGAAUCCUUUCCUUACCCAGUGGCAGAGGAGAUACUUCUACCUCUUCCCAAAUCGAUUGGAGUGGCGUGGAGAAGGAGAGUCCCCGCAAUCUUUACUCACCAUGGAAGAGAUCCAGUCAGUGGAGGAGACACAGAUAAAGGAUAGAAAGUGUGUCCUGCUGAAGAUCCGGGGAGGCAAACAGUUUGUCCUGCAGUGUGAUAGUGACCCUGAGCUGGUGCAAUGGAAGAAGGAGCUGCGUGAUGCCUACCAGGAAGCCCAGCAGCUGCUGCAGAGGGUGCCCAAGAUGAAACACAAGCCACGCUCUCCGGUGGUGGAGCUGAGCAAGGUCCCGCUGAUCCAGCGCAGCAGCAGCAGCACCAACGGCCUCUGACCUUCCUCAACUUUCCCUCCCAUCCUUAAUUUAUUUGGCUGGGUUUGUCCACCGUCCCCAUCCUCUCUCCUGUCUCUCUUUUUGCUGAUUGUUGUGAUGUUCACCCCAGCCCUCUGGGGUAUUGUAGUGAGGGGGUGGGGGCAUCAACAAAUUUGGGACAAGCUUUUCCAUGUCUCUUGUCCUCCCCAAAGCACAUGGGGAUUUAUGCCCAUUUCAAGGGGAAGGAGCCCAGUUGGAAAGAUAGAAUAAGACAACACACCUCUCACUAAGGAAGGCUGGGAUUUAACACCUUGCAUUUAAAUGGGACCAACGGGAGAGAAUGUUCUGGAGUGCUUUGUGUACCUUGAACACUCCCUGCCUCCUCCCUGUGGUGCCACACAUGUGCUAGUGCACAUUAGAGGAGCAUCAGAGAGACUGCUAGUUUAGGUUUUGCUCCCCAUGGGGUGAUGGGGGGAGGGGCAGGACAUCCUCUGAAUUGAGUCUCCUUCUACUAGUAGGGAUGGAAAGAAAUCUAAAUGACAAUCUGAAUACCAUCCCCUUUACUGUCCAGAUCCAAACUCUGACAAGAAUUGCACAGCUGAUGCUGAAUCAAGGGUGUCCUGGUUCUGGCAGAGAAAGCUCAAGAGAGCACGCUUUUCUCUGCUGUUGCCCCUUGCUCAGAGUAUUAAUUCAUCAGCCAUUGUGCCAUAACCAAGUCUUUCAGGAUUGGCUGGGUUUCUACCCUAGGAGGGUGGUAAAGCUGUCUUGAAGCUACUACCUAGAAGAACUUGCUAACAGAUGAAGGUUUACCCCAUUCUUUUCCCUCCCUGUGUUCCUGAGCCCAUUCCUGAGGCUGUUGUUGCUACAGCCUUACUCAUGAUUCCUCUGCUUACACUAUUCCAGGCCUGGACAAAUAUUUUUAUCAAUUGUGCCAAAUUUCACAAUGGUUUUUAUCUCAUCCAGGUGGGCCAAUGGAGUACCUGCAAAAUCCUAUUCCUUGUUGCCCCAGGCCAUACCGGGCCAAGUUUCCUAUCACUUGAGUGCCCCAGACUGUGCUAUUGCUUCUGAGUCUUCUCCUUGGAAUAGGAUGGGAACCGUCUCCUGCUCUGCUGUCUCUACUGCCAAAUGUAUUCUGCUUUGCUGUGGAAAGAAGGAGGGGCAGCAGAGUUCAUGCCAAAAGAGAUUCAGAACUGCCUGUCCUGUGCUUGGGGCCUUUCAGGAGUGGGGCUAGAGUGGAGGGGCAGUAGCUGGAAGCUCAGCCUAACUGAGGCCCUGUGCCAACUCCGAGUGUCUGAAGGACUCUGUAAAUAUCUCCGUGCCAAGAGGCCAGGCUGGGUUUGAAAAACUGGGUCUGCUCUUCCCCUGUAUUAAUACUGUCCCUCCCUCACAGCAGUGUUAUGAUUUCUCUCACAGGCUGGGGAGAAAUGUCAGGUUGAAUUAAGCCUGUGCCCCUCCUCUUCCACUUGUGAAACACAGAGGGGGUGUGGUAUGGGUGGAUGGCUUUUGGUAGGAGAUCAGGUCCCCUCCCCUGGUCUCACGGCCCAAGUGCAUGCGAUUGCCUCUGCUGCAUGCCCCCACCCCAAUGAUGAACUCUGCCUGUUCUUCCACCUGACUCCCGUUUUCCUUCCAGGGUGAUUAGCCCCAGAAGGAGAAAGGUGGAAUGAAGCCCCGUUCCUUGCAGUGUCUGUAAAUAUUGAUCUCUGGUUUGUCUCUCUGGGUUAUUAUUAUGGAUUUUUUUUGCCGAUUUUUGAAUGUGAUUUUAAUGAGUGGGUUAAAAAGACUGUUUUUAUAAUAAAAAAUUCAAAACCCACAAGA